AGACACUUCUGCAAAACUCAUGGAACAUCGCUGAAACCUACUUUGCCGACAUCACCCCUGACAGCUGAUUCAUACACAUUGUUACCGACAACAGCUGUAAACGCCAACCUCAACAAAACAACAACAAUGUGUAGGAAAAAAAGCAGCUAGAAUGGCCGCACAAAAUGUAAUCGCGAAAAGUUCUGUUGUUUUUGCGUGAAAUUCUUUGGCUUCGCAUACAGAGAACGAAGCCAGCAUCAACUCAACGAACAGCGUUGCAGCGGCAGCAGCGACUGCCAAUCGUAUUUGUGAAUUCGAGGGAAUUGGAAGUGAAUCUAUCGGGUGUUCAUAGUAGCUUGGCUUUGCGCGCUAACUGAAAGCGUCAGUCAGAAUUUAACGGUACGCGACUUCAGUACUUAUUAUUUUAAUGUAACGGCGGAAGUCGGAAGUUGUAAAAACAAAAUUAUGAAAGAAUGUAGUGGCAGUGGGGAAGAGCGAGUAAACUUAAUUAACUAACAACUGUAAAUUGCAGAUUGUGUGUGUAUGUGAGAGGAGACAGUGAUUUUAAUUGAGAGAAUUGCGAUUCAAAAUUAUGUAGUGAAAAACAGGCUUAAGUGGUGUGAAAUGAAGAUAAAAUAAAACAUAUACAGACAGUAAUUGUUGUGUGUUCUCUUUCUCAUGUGAUGCUGACAGUGCUCUAAGCAAGCAUGAAAAAUAACAGUAAUUAAAAGAAAUAACAAUUUAUCACAAACAACAAGUAGAAAAACAUGAUUAUGCCAAAAUAUCUAUUUAUGUGUGCUUGUUAAUAUAUAAAACGCGCAUGCAAAACUUACAAACUGAAAAACAGUUUAAACAACAACAACACAUUGAAAAAAAUUUAUAAAAUAAAAAAAGUCGCAUGCGCUUGUGUGCAUUCGCUGCAAUGCAGAACUUAUAAUUUCAAUAUGAAAUUUCAUUAUUAAAGGCUUUGCAAACGGCGAAAAAGUGACAGUGCUUGUGACAAGUGACGUAACUGUACGCCAACAUUAAUAAAUACAAAAAUAUUUUCCUUUUCACUUGCAAUUGAGAACAAAGCGUUUUAUUCAAAUAAAAAAAAAUUGUGCAAAAAACGCAGACACAUUUAACGAAAAAAAGCUGCGAACAAAAUCUCAGUAAAAUAUAACAGCCAACAUGUUGCCACAGCAAUAUUGCCUGCGAUGGAAAUACCAUCAUAGUAAUCUACAGACAAUGUUCUCACAACUGCUAGAUCGCGGCUGCUUCUGCGAUGUGACGCUGGCCUGUGAGGGUCAACUGAUACGCGCUCAUCGCGUGGUGCUCUGCGCUUGCAGCAGCUUCUUCGACACAGUGCUCACCAAUUACGCCAGUGAACGCGAUCCGAUUAUCAUAAUGAAGGACGUCACAUUCGCCGAUGUCAAGUGUCUAAUUGAAUUUAUGUAUAAAGGCGAAAUCAAUGUGGAACACGCAAAUUUGGCCUCACUCUUAAAGACUGCAGAUGAUCUCAAAAUCAAAGGUUUGGCGGAAGUUUCGUGGCGCGAUGACGAGGAUGGUCCGCCGUUGCCCAACGCUGCUACGGAGUUUCACUCACCUACGCCUACACAGGGGCAUGAUAUGUAUAAUACGCGACCAGAGCAACAACGUGUUGGCUCACCCAGUUUUAUGCCACCGCAGCGACUGCCGCGUGAACGCAAGCUCUCCUCACCAAAGGACACUGCGCAUGCGCAACAAGGCUUACCAACCUUAACGCCAUUACCGCCAACGAGCAGCGCUUCAAUGGUAGCCGUUGCUGCCGCUGCUGCUGCUGCAGCUGCUGUGGCCUCUGCCGCAUCGCCAGUGGAAAGUUAUUUGGGGCCGAAACGCAAGCGCGGACGUCCACCACUAGACGACGCCUAUGACGUUUUCAAUGUCCGAAAACUCGCACAGUAUGGCAGCCAUUUGGAUGCGCACCAUCAUCAUCAAGCAUACUUGGAGGCGCAGCGCCAGUAUAACGACGAGCAGCGUCGCCUUGCUGUCAUCUCACCGAUACCGGCGCCCUCGUCCACUUCUGUCGCAGCAGCAGCCGCUUAUCAUCAACACAUCCAGCAACAACAACAUAACAAGCGCAUGCGUCAAUUGCAUCGCCAACAGCAACAACAACAGCAACUGCACCAACAUCAGCUACAUGUCGACGCGGAUGAGUUGGAACACGAAGAUGCACAAGCCGACCCCGAAUGGAUUACCAGCAAUUUGGAGGUGAAUGUGGGUGGUGGGGGAGACAAUGAGCCAGCCAUUGAGUGUGACGCAGACAUCGCCGCAAUGAAGGAACAAAAGAUGGAAAUCGCAGACGAUAAAGAAGCUCAUCGCACGGCAAAAAUCGAGGCGCGAAAGCGCAAGGAACGUCAUUCAGAGGAACGUGAAAAGUUGAAUGCGCGCGAACGCUCGCUAACGCGUAAACGCUCAAGCGCCGAGGAACGCGAAGACAACAACUCAAUCAAUGAUGAACGCGAGCGGGAAGAGCGUGAGUCGCGUGAGCAUUCGGUACAAAAUGAGUUAUCUGAUCAAACACAGGAACGUAAGGGCGGCAAUGUGGAUGGGGAGGAGGAAGAAAAGGUCAAGGCGGCUGCUUCCGUGCCACAACCGGUGGAAGAAAUGGAAAACGUGCGACAAUCUAAGGACAAGCUCAGCAAUGCUUCAGCCAAUACGACAACUACCGCCACAAGCGGCGCACAUAAGCGCGGAAAUAUAACCAGUGAACAAAGCGCAACACUACCGUUGCCGCCGCCUCCGUCGCUGCACCAUCCGGCACAUGCCUAUGGCAAAUAUGCGCCUGAGGGUUAUUUGUUGAACGAACAUGGCAUAUUGAUGACACACGAUUUUGUGCAUGCGCCGACGGCGCCCAUACCAUCAACAGGUGCAACGGCGAGUUCUUCAAGCGGUGCAGUAGUGGGAGUGGCCGGCGCUGCUAAUGGCAACGAUCAGGAUUAUGUGGACAUAAAAAUGGAAGAGUAUGAUGGCACCGAUUUGCGUUUGACCACCGAGGAGAUUUCUGAGUGGCAAGAUGUGAUCAAAAUGGACGAUUAUUUGGCUAAAGGACGUCGACCGCAAUUCUGGGAGGAGCCCUUCACAAGACGAGUAUUGGAUGCUAUAAAGAACAAAAGAUUGGAGAUGAAGAAAGCUGCGCGCAUACUGGGCGUUUCCUAUGGCACCUUAUAUGGACGAUAUCGUGAGGUGUACGGUUGUUUGAAGCACCCUUAUAGCAGCUCCACUUUUCGACCCACACAAUCAAAUCAGUUAGCAGUACAACCGCGUUUUGACAUGGUUUGGCCGUCGCCUAAGCGUGACAGUGGUCUAAUGCCCGGUCAAUUGGGUAGAAAUCGGUAAAAUACGUCCAAAAGAUUUGAGUGAGCUAUGGACCCGACCACAAAUUUGAGAAAAAAAAUCACAACAAAGUAUAUCAAAAUGUAAAUAAAUUUGCUGUUUAUCAUAAUAAGCCCAAAAGUACAUCCCUAUGAUUAAAUGAUUAUUAAAAAGUGUUACUAGUACUAUUUUUACUUUUUUUUUAUAAGUUUUGUAUUACUUUCAAUUUUAUACGUUAAAAUGUAAAGCAAAGUAUUUAGAUAUAUACAAAUGUAUGAUUUAAGGAAAAUAUCAUAAAUUUGUAUUAUGGAAUGGAAAAAGACAUUAAAAAAGACAAUUUAAAAGCUAUUAGUUUAGUGUAAAAAUAGCUGCAGUUAUUUGCAAUAGGCACAUCAAUUACUGAUACAUGUAUGUGCCACAUAUGAGUGCACUAAAAGUGUUAAAGUAUAUAUAUAUAGUUUUAUCAACUAUUUGAGUAUUAAAAGAAUAUCCGCUCUUUAGCAAAUCCUUAAAUCAAUUGCCAAUGCAAUUAGUAAAACUUGAAGAUUUUUUUUUUGUUUUCUAUAUUUUUGUUCGUAGUUAAAUAAGUCUAUAAAAACGUAUUUUUAAGUUAUACACAUAAAAAAUAUUCUUUAUUAUACGUUUUCUGUAAAUAUUAUAAUACAAUUUACAUUUCAUAAUAGUGUAAGCUUCCAGAAGUGCAUACAAUAGAUGGAUAAGUAUGUGUGUUAGUAUGCUAAUAUGAUUACUUAAUAAAAAAAUAUAUUUAAUUUCUAUCUAA